AUGGCGAAGAGCAAGAACCAUACCAACCACAAUCAGAGCCGUAAAGCCCAUCGCAAUGGCAUCAAGAAAUUGAGUCUGAAAAAGGUUGUAACGCCGGUGAAGCACUUGUGCCCUAAGUACAAGAAGAACUUGAAAUCGUCUCGUGGUGCUAACUGGAAUGCCCGUUUCGGUGAUGCUUCUGAGUCAGGAUCUGAAGAGUAG